CGGCGCACUCUGCUUCUGUGCGCGAUCGAUGACGAGGCGUACCGGGUGUUCGACACCCUGCCGCCGGUUGCGAAACGUGACGGCGAGGACGACUACGACGUGACCCUCCGCCAGCUCCGGGAGUUCUACACUCCCAGGACCAACGUAAUCGUGGAACGAUUCCGAUUCCGACAGCGAGCCCAGGCCCCCACAGAGUCCACAGCAGACUUCGUCGCUGCUCUGCGCGGCCUGGCUCGCAUCUGCCAGUUCGGCCCAAUGGAGUCGGAACUCAUCCGGGACGUGGUGGUGGAGAAGACCCCCCACCAGCGCCUGAGGGAGCGGCUCCUUCAGGACCGGGACCUCACUCUGGACAAGGUCCUGAGCGUCGCAGAGACCUACGAGGACUCCCUGCGUGAGGCUGCAGCCAUCUCCCAACCAGUUGCAGCCCCACCCGUCUCAUCCGUGGCAAAGGUUACGAGGAAGCCACAACAGAAGGGAAAGCAGCAGCAGCAGCAGAGCGCCAGCAGCGACUUCUGCACCAACUGCGGACGUGAUGAUCACGCACCCAGGGAUGCUGCCUGUCCAGCCCGCAGAGUGACGUGCCACUCCUGCGGAAAGAAGGGCCACUUCGCCAGCUGGUGCAGGGGCGGCAGUGGAGCAACCCCAGCAAGGCCAGCUCAACGACAGCACCACAAAGCAGUGAAGGAGCUGAACGUGCUCUCCUGUGCUGCCACCACUGGGUCACGCCUCACCUGUACCGUCCAGGUGACUGCAGGUGACGUCACACAGGAGGUACCCCUCCAGGUGGACACGGGUGCCACCUGCUCACUCCUGAGUGUGAACCGUGCCAAGGAGCUGUUCAGAGGCGUGGCGUUCAGCCCCUCCAGCUCACGGCUCUACGGCUUCGGCCAGCAACCACUCCCAGUCCUGGGAACGCUGCCUACCACGGUGACCUACAAUAAUCAGGCUGUGCCAACAAACUUCUACCUGGUGGACACCAAGAAGACGGAGGCCAUCAUGGGUAUGGACCUGCUGCAGGCCCUGGGAGUCACCCUCCACCCAGCCUCGCACAGCGUCUACACGUUGGCAGGCUCAGCCCCGUCAGAGCUACCUACCAUCGAGGGCUACGUCCACCGAAUCAAGCUGAAGCCGGACGCAGUACCAACUGCCUACAAGCUGCGCCGGCUGCCCCUCUCCGUGCGAGAGGAGGUCUCAGCAGAGCUGAACAGUCUGCUGGAAGCAGGAGUCAUCGAGAGGAUCGAGUCCUCCCAGUGGAUCAGCCCGCUGACCGUCUCAAGGAAGAAGGACGGCAGGAUCAGGGUCUGUGUAGACCUGCGUGGGCCGAACAGCCAAAUCGUGCCAGAGGUCCACCCACUGCCCACGAUCGACGAGCUGGAGUCCAAGCUCUGUGGCACCCUCUACAGCAGGAUCGACUUGAAGUCGGCCUACCACCAGCUGCGUCUGCACGAGGACUCGCGUGACAUCACCGCCUUCCUCACGCCAGACGGCCUGAUGCGCUACACCAGGGUCCCGUUCGGCCUGGUGUCUAGCGGCAGCGCGUUCCAGAAGCUGCUCAGUCAUCUACUGCAGGGUAUCGACGGCUGUGGACACUAUCUGGAUGACAUCCUGGUCACCUGCCGCGAUCAGUCCGAGCACGACAGGCGCCUCCGCACCGUGCUGGACCGCCUCAAGCAGGCCGUGGCCGAGGCCCCGCCUCCCACCAACGUAAAGGAGCUGCGCAGUCUCCUGGGCUCAACCGGCUGGUUCAGCAGGUUCGUGCCUCAGUACUCCGCUGUGGUGAGACCCCUCGCCAUCAUGCUGAAGAAGGACGCCACAUUCCAGUGGACCAAGGAGGCCAACGACGCCUUCAACGAGGUGAAAUGGCUCAUCUCAGCCAGGCCGGUGAUGAAGCCCUUCAGCGCCCGCCUCCGGACGAUCGUGACGACCGACGCCAGCGACCGCGGCGCCGGUGCCAUGCUCACUCAGAUCCAGCCGGACGGCGAGGAGCGGCCAGUGGCGUACUGGUCCCGCUCCUUCACCGACGCCGAGUCGCGGUACUCCGUCUCCGAGAAGGAAGCCCUCAGCGCGGUCAAUGCUGUCGAGCAUUGGCGGACGUACCUGUGGGGCCGUUCAUUCAUCCUGCGGACGGACCACUCUGCGCUCACCACUCUGCUCACGCCGAAGACGUCCAACCGCGCCGGCGCGCGCAUCGCCAGGUGGCAGUCCCGCCUGCUGCCGUACUCGUACACAGUGGACCCGUUGUGCUACGUCGGCCGUAUGUGCUACGUAUGUGCCGCGUCGGCAGCCGAUCCAGUCAUGGAGCAGCUGCGGUCUGUCAUCCGCACCGGCUGGCCCGACGCCGCGCGCCAGUGCACGCCGGAGACGCGGGACUACUUCGCCGUGCGGAACGAGCUGCAAGUCCGCCAGGACGGAGUCGUGCUGCGCGGCCCGGACCGCGCCGUCGUCCCGGCCGCGCUCCGCUCAAAGUACCUCCAACUGGCGCACCGAGCGCACGACGGUGUCGUGCGAACAAGGCAGCUCCUGCGCGACCUCGCCUGGUGGCCUGGAAUGUCAAAGGACGCCGCUGCACUGGUCGCCGACUGCCCGUCCUGCCACGCAAAGGACGCCGUGCUGACGCAGCAGGCGCGCCCCGCGCCGCUGCAACCGGUCGAGCUUCCAGACCGGCCCUGGUCUAAGCUCGGACUGGACAUCGUGGGCCCGAUCCCCGGCGCCCCACCGUCUGCAAAGUACGCCAUUACUAUGACGGAUUACCAUAGUAAGUGGCCAGAGGUCGCUCUGACGUCAUCCAUCGAAACUGAUGACGUCAUUCAGUUCCUGAGCCAGGCCUGGUCCAGAGAGGGACUGUGUGACGAGCUGGUGACCGACAACGGACCCCAGUUCACCAGCGACAGGUUCCGACAGUAUCUGGCCCAGCGCGGAAUCAGACACCACACGUCUGUCGUCUACUGGCCGCGCAGAAACGGAGCAGUGGAUCAGCUCAACCGAGAGGUGAAGAUGUGGCUCAAGGAGGCCACACAGCUGCAGUCGCGGACGGCCGCCAGCUUCAGCGGACACAUGCGACAGCGCCUCGCUCUCUGCCAGUCACCCUCGGCGCUCCUGCACGGCCGGCGCAUGCGUCUGCACCUGCCGGUCACCACAGAGACUCCGCCGCGCGACAGCUCGCUACAGCACCGAGUCGCCACCCAGCAGCAGCGCAACAGCCGCGGGUACGACUCGCGACAGGCCACCCGGCCGUCAGAUCUCCAGCCUGGCGACACGGUGCGCGUGCGGCGACAGGGGCACGUGCCCAAGAACCAGAAGUUCUGGCUGCGCCACUGA